CUAACAUUCAUCUUUUCUUUGGUACAGGUUGGCAAAGAUUCUUUUGGCAAUGAUUAUAUAGAAAACUUAAAACAGAAUGAUAUUUCUACAGAAUUUACAUAUCAGACUAAAGAUGCUGCGACAGGAACUGCUUCUAUAAUUGUCAAUAGUGAAGGCCAGAAUAUCAUCGUUAUAGUGGCUGGAGCAAAUUUACUUUUGAAUACUCAAGACCUGAGGGAAGCAGCCGGCGCCAUUCGCAGAGCCAAAGUAAUGAUCUGCCAGCUAGAAGUAACUCCAACAACUUCUUUAGAAGCCCUGACAAUGGCCCACAGCGAUGGAGUGAAAACAUUGUUCAAUCCAGCCCCUGCCAUUGCUGACCUGGACCCCCGGUUCUACACCCUCUCAGAUGUGUUCUGCUGCAAUGAAAGUGAGGCUGAGAUUCUUACCAGCCUCACAGUCAGCAGCCCUGCAGAUGCCGGGAAGGCUGCGCUGGUGCUCAUGGAGAGGGGCUGCCAGGUCGUGGUCAUCACCUUAGGCGCUGAGGGCUGUGUGGUGGUGUCACAGACAGAACCUGUCCCAAAGCACAUUCCCACCAACAAAGUCAAAGCUGUGGAUACCACGCUAAAAAUGAAACAAAGGGUCUUCAUAAAGAUGUUGGACCCUGUGAUCACCGAGAAAUGGCUCAUCCUCUGCUUCCAGCAUCUGUGUCAGUCACAGCUCCUCUUGCUGUGAGCACCAGGGGCACGGUGCAAGUGAGCUUACAAAGAAAAGGAGUUUUUUUGGUGCACAUAACUGGGAAGUUCAAAGUAUGGCAGAAUACAAAGGCUAACCCAUGUCGAGACUCAUUUGCUCACUCUCCCCACCACCUCUGCUUGCCUUGCAGUGGGCUUUGAGCUCAGGUGGGCCCCCUCCUGGUGGUGCUCCCUGGCAGCUCCCUGCCUGCACUGUGUCCCACAUUAUAGUCCCACCCAACAUGUCCGGUGAAAAUCAAAGAACUCUUACCAGAGGAUGAUAAGUGGAUGCUGGUCAGACAAGAACAACCCAUGCCCACCACAGAAUAUUCAUGUGGAAAUGCAGUGCUUGGACAUGGUACUAAAUGAAGAAACUAGCCUUGGGCAUGUUUAAAUUCGAAUCAGUAGAAAUACUCCGCAAGAGUAAUUUCACGUUGAAGGACUGGAUUUCAUAGAACAUGACAGAUUAUAACUUUGAGCAUCUUAAAUACAAUAAUGGGUAUCAAG